AUUCCCCCUCCUUGCCCUUCAACAACUUUCGAACUAAACAAUAUUUAUAAUGAAGGAAAUGAACUUGAAUUUCAAAAAAAGAUUGAUGUUACACAAUUAACAGAUGAAACGACUGAUAUUCCAGAAUUAACUGAGAAAAAGCAAAUAGUUGAAAAUAGUAUUAAAAGUGUAGAAGCGUCACCGUCUAGGGCGUGUCACCAAAAAAGACCAACUGCCCUUGAAGGUUUAAGUGGUAAUAUUUCUACCUCCUUUGAAAGUGGAGGAGGUGUUUGUCACAGUUCCAGCGCUAGUACUCGCUCCUCUAGUUUUGAUUUACGUAGUCCAACAACCCUUAAUACAAGAAAAAUUACUUCUAAAAUCAUCCCUAAAGUAAAUCAACAGCCAAAAGAAGACAGGAGAACGGAAUUUAGAGUUAACAAUGUUAGUGGAAAACGACCAAAUAGAUUACCGGUUCUUAACCAUAAUCAACAACACCAUUCAAAUUCAUUUAGUUGUCACAAUGGAGAAAAACCUAGUGAUUUUACUCAAAAACAAUUAUUCCGUCGAGGAAGUUCUUUAAACGACGUUUCUGAUCCUAUCAAUAGCA